AUGUUAUUUCGUGUCACGAAGUCGGUAGAACCAGAACUACUGGCAACAACAUCUGAUUAUUCUAUUUUUGACUUGGCUGAAGAUGCCGGUUUUCUGUUACUAAAUCCAUCGGAUCUAGUAUUUGAAUCAACCAACUGUAGUACCAACUACUAUGACUAUAUAAUUUCUGUUGCGAAGCCAAACGACGACAACUAUCAACUUUAUUUGGCAAAACUGAACGAGCAAACAAACGUUGAAUGGUAUGAAUCGGUUACUGUUUCAAGGAAAGUGAUUCUAAAUUCUGAAUUACUGGAUUAUGACCUAACACUAAUUAUUAUCGCUGCAUUGGUGUGGAAAUCAAAAAUAGCAAGAAGCAAAGUAAGGAAUAUUAUUUUCAAGAAAUUUUUUUCAUAUUUCAUUUACUUGUCAUUGAGAAAAAAAUUUAUUUUAUGCAUUUCCUCUGGUAGGAAAAAAGUUUAA